AUGUCCGCCUCGGUGGGGCCACAGAGCGGCCCUCGCCCACCCACCGUGCCGCCAUCCAUGCCGGACCUUCCGGAUUUGAGUCAUCUCACCGAGGAGGAGCGGAAAAUCAUCAUGGCAGUGAUGGCUCGGCAAAAGGAAGAAGAGGUUAAAGAACAAGCCAUGUUAAAAACACUGCACCAGCAGUUUGAGAGCUAUAAACAGGAGGUUCGGCGCAUCGGGGCGGAGACACGACGUCAGCAGACACAGCAGAAGGAUGACGCACCCACCUGUGGCAUCUGCCGGAAGACAAAGUUUGCGGAUGGCUGUGGUCACCUGUGCUCCUACUGCCAAACCAAAUUCUGUGCCCGUUGUGGGGGCCGAGUUUCUCUGCGUUCCAACAAUGAGGACAAAGUGUGUAUCGUAGUAAAGGAGAGGGUAAUGUGGGUAUGCAACCUAUGCCGUAAGCAGCAAGAGAUUCUCACCAAAUCAGGAGAAUGGUUUUCAGAGUCAGAGGUGCGGCCUGGGAGCCUGGGCUCCACCUUGAAUGACCCAGCAAAAGGGGGAGAUUCCCAACCUGACAGGAAGUUUCUCCGCUCAAAGUCUCAAGCCCCGUCCUCUACAACUAACAGCAAUACCGAGCUGCCAUAUCGGAUACAGGGGCCUGCUGGUGGCACUGCCUCUAAGGUUUCGGACACCAUGCCUGGUACUCGUUGCCAAAGUGUACCGCCUCGUGAAAAAAAAAGGCCAGUUUCAUACCAUGAACAAAAUGGAAAGGCAGGCCUAGGGCGUGGUACAGGCCGGAGAUCUUCUGGGAAGUUGCCAUCUCAGUCGUCUUUGGAUGAAAGGGUUGGCCUCGGGGACCGACAAGAAAGACUGCCAAGAGAUGGUCACAGGCUGGAAAAGAUCCAUUCGCAGGACUAUGAUGAUGGUGAGGACAACUUGGGUCACUUAGUGAGAAAUCGGAGACUACCUGAGGAUGAUGAACAGAAGGAGAGACAGCGACGCGAGGAGGAGUUCCAGAACCGUUAUCGUAGCGACCCCAACCUUGCUCGAUACCCGGUGAAGCCACAAAAGGAAGAACAGGAGAUGCGAAUGCACGCAAAGGUCUCCAAGGUCCGCCAUGAACGGAGACACAGUGAUCUUGCAAUCAACGAGGUCGGACUAGGGCCUGGUGAAGGAGGAGGCUGUGAAGCACAGGGGCCUGGAAACCAUCUGGCCAAGAAAGGAAACCGUAAAGCUCAAUCGGAGAAUUAUCGAGCAUAUUCUGUGGAAAGGACCGUGGGGGAACCAGGGGGACGUGUGCCUCCAGAUAAGAAGGGCUCUUUUGAGCCAGGCUUAACACAGACAGCAAGAAGUAAAGGUGGGGACAACUUGUUGAGGAAGGACUCGCAAAGUUCGGAACAGUCCGAGUCUUUGCGGCCGCCCACUUCACGGUCGUACAAGAGCAAGCGCGGCGUAAACAAGAGGCAGAUGUCCAUCAGUAGCUCAGAGGAAGAGGGCGGCUCCACGCCUGAGUACACCAGCUGUGAGGACGUUGACAUGGAAAGUGUCAGCGAGAAAGGUGACUGGGACUGUCAUCCACUUGAUCCUACAGUUUGGCAUCAUCCGGUAACGUGGCAGCCAUCCAAAGAGGGUGAUCAUCUGAUUGGACGCAUCACAUUAAGCAAGAGAUCCGCUAUGCCACGAGAAGCUGGGUCUCUCCUGGGCUUAAAAGUUGUAGGUGGGAAAAUGACACAGACUGGAAGACUUGGGGCCUUCAUCACGAAAGUUAAAAAAGGCAGUCUGGCAGAUGUCGUUGGACAUCUAAGAGCAGGUGAUGAGGUUUUGCAGUGGAAUGGGAAGUCAUUACCAGGAGCAACCAAAAAAGAGGUGUACAAUAUAAUUCUUGAAUCAAAGGCUGAGCCUCAAGUGGAACUAGUUGUUUCAAGACCCAUAGGGGACAUUCCUAGAAUCCCAGAGUCAUCUCAUCCUCCUCUAGAAUCUACAGGUUCCAGUUCCUUUGAGUCACAAAAAAUGGACCGGCCCUCUAUAUCAGUGAUGUCCCCCACAAGCCCAGGAACCCUCAGAGACCUUCCUCUGGUGCUGCCUGGACAAUUAUCAGUGAAACUGUGGUAUGACAAAGUAGGACAUCAGCUCAUUGUCAACGUCCUUCAAGCCAUAGAUCUGCCUUCCCGACCUGAUGGACGACCACGAAACCCAUAUGUAAAGAUGUAUUUCCUGCCUGACAGAAGUGACAAGAGUAAGCGUCGCACUAAAACUGUGAAAAAGAGUGCUGAGCCCAAGUGGAAUCAGACCUUCAUAUAUUCACAUGUUCAUCGGCGAGACUUUCGCGAGCGCAUGCUGGAGAUCACCGUCUGGGAUCAACCUAGGGUCCAAGAAGAGGAAAGUGAAUUCAUGGGUGAGAUCCUGAUAGAGUUGGAGACCGCUUUACUGGAUGACAUUCCUCACUGGUACAAACUCCAGACACAUGAUGUGUCUUCGAUACCGUUGCCUCAGCCUUCCCCAUACCUCUCACGCCGACAUGUUCCUGGAGACAGCCCUGGCAAGAAGCUACAGAGGUCUCAUCGCAUCAUUGAUACAGAGUUUGAUGAUGGUUUGAUGAUAGUGACUAAAGGAGGAGAGCGUAGUUCAAGGGAAAGAGAGCGAGGUAGUACAUUGGCUGUGCCUGAACAGCAGCGUGCACUUCAGCAUCGCUCUCGCUCUGUUUCUCCUCACCGAGAGGAUUCGUGCAGGGCGAGGUCCCGGCCUGCAUAUGUGCCCAUGCAAAGGAGCCUGGAUGAGAUACAUCAGAACCGCCAACACUCACAGUCCCCUUCCCAUUACCACGACUCCCAUCUAGAGCACCAACGCUCUGGUGACUCAGAUUACGAGUACUCCGAAGACAGUGAGGCCCUGGAGAUGCACAGGUCAAUCCGAGGCGGGAGUGCAGAGUGCCUACACACAAACAGAGGUGCAUGUAAACAUAGCAACACACUCCCUCCGAAAAUGCCCCUGUUAGUAAAUGGUAUCCAUAAAGACAUGUACAGUGACCUGCAGCCAUCGUUGGAUAGAGUGAGGAGUGCCAGCACCACAUGUUUGAGACCAGACAACAACUUUCACUCUUCUGACAGAGACAGGUGCUCCAAUUCAAUGCCUUUCAAGAUCCCCUCAAAUCCCCGGAUCUUAGUAGAGCACGUGGCCUCUGAAGAAGACAGGGAGUGUAGCAAUACGUCAAGUCCAGAUUGUCUUAAAGGCAGCAAAAAAACCCUGGAGGGUGACAGUCGCAUCCAGCCCACCUCUAUCCUCAGGGGGAGUAGGGGCAAAGGGUUUCCACUGAGACCCUUUGGCCAGACAGCUUUGGCUGGGUCCUCUCCAAACUCUCCACAAACAGACAGGUGCAUAGCACACCUUCACGGUAGCCCCUCUUCCCCAAUGGGGACUCCCUCAUCAGGUCGCAGGGGUCGGCAGUUACCACAACUUCCGGCAAAGAGCAGCAGCAUAGAACAAGCCCUCGCAGUUGAAGAACGAGCCCGACAGCUGCAUAUGAAAGUACAUGCCUACAGGCCUUCAGCUUCCCAUGACCCUGAGUCGGACCUCAAGAAUAAACGGGAGAUGUUUGCAGAACAGCGACGUAGCAGCGACAACAUGUCUGCAAGGUCAUCAGACAGCGAUAUGAGCGAUAUGUCGGCUCUCUCCCGUGCCAGCAGUGCCUCUCGCCUCAGUAGCACCAGCUACAUGUCUGUCCAGUCCGAACGCCCCGGGGGACGUCUUAGUCGGCAAAUGAGAGCAUCGGCAGGACGCAGCAUGCUCAAAAGCUCCAGCGUUAGUGGGGAGAUCUACACCCAGGAGCGCACAGAUGGCAGCCAAUCAGACACAGCACUCGGCACAGUGGGCGGAGGCAGCAAGAAGAGACGCUCAAGCCUCAGUGCCCGUGUGGUGGCCAUCGUCGGGAACCGCCGCAGCCGUAGUACUUCCCAGAUAAGUGGCCCUGAGGCAAAGACUAAAAAGGAUAAAGGAGCCCCUAUCCAGAGAAGCACAGAAACCGGCAUGGCAGUGGAGCUGACCAGAAACAUGAGCCGGCAACCCAGCAGGGAGUCCAACAAUGGCAACAUGAACAGCUACAACUCUGAGGGGAACAUCUUCUCUGGGGUCAAUCUCGGAGCAAGCAGCCAGUUCAGUGACUUUUUAGAUGGCCUCGGUCCGGCUCAGUUAGUGGGCAGGCAAACAUUGGCUACACCUGCAAUAGGUGAUAUUCAGAUAGGUAUGAUGGAGAAAAAGGGUCAGCUGGAGGUAGAGGUUAUCAGAGCACGCGGUCUUGUGCAAAAGCCAGGAUCCAAAUCCCUCCCAGCACCUUAUGUCAAGGUCUAUUUGUUAAAUAAUGGCGCAUAUGUAGCCAAAAAGAAAACCAAGAUUGCACGGAAAACUCUUGACCCACUGUACCAGCAAGCGCUGUUGUUCGAGGAAAGUCCACAGGGUAAAGUCUUACAGGUGAUCGUGUGGGGAGACUAUGGUCGCAUGGACCAUAAAAGCUUCAUGGGGGUCGCACAAAUCCUACUGGAAGAACUGGACUUAUCAAGCACAGUCAUUGGUUGGUACAAGUUGUUCCCACCUUCUUCUCUGGUGGAUCCGACUCUGGCUUCCCUCACACGGCGAGCUUCUCAGUCGUCGCUCGACAGUUCCUCCGGACCGCCCGGGGUCCGAUCCUAG